AAGACGAGAGCGGCCGAUCGGCCGAUUAAUGGAUCGCGAAGGACAGAGGGACGAGGGGGCGGGGCUUCCUUCUCGCGUUCUCUGCUGCUUUUGUGACGCCAGCGGAUGUUGGGGUUUGAAUGCUCCGGCGGUUAUUUUGGAGUGGACGUGCUAGGGGAAGUGCGGGGUUUGGCCGCUCUACGGAUCAAAUAGUACCUAGAUGGAGAGCCGCUGACAGGCAAUCUCAAAGAAGGUGGGGAACACUGGAGCUCUCUUAUUGCGACUCACUCACUUACCUACGAGACAGCUUCAAGUUUUUUGGAAGGAGAACGCUAGGAUGAGUGAUAACGUUAUUGGCUGCCUUCAGAACCUGCCCUGUGAAUUCUGUCAACGGGCUGAUGACUGUCCUGAAAAAUAUGGGGAAAGGAGGACUUACGAGAACUACAAUCUCACUGUUCAUUAUUACUGUGUAUUAAUGUCAAGUGGGAUAUGGCAGAGAGGUGAAGAUGAAGAAGGCUUUUAUGGGUUUUUACCUGAGGAUAUCCAAAAAGAAAUUAAUAGAGCUGCAAGACUGAAAUGUACUGUCUGUAAGAAAAAAGGUGCUUCAAUUGGUUGUGUGGCUUCCAGAUGCAAACGAAGCUACCACUUUCCUUGUGGGGUAGAGAGAGAAUGCAUUUUCCAAUUCAGGGGAAAUUUUCCGUCAUACUGUUGGGAACACCGACCUACGCAAAAACGUUCCUCUAACUCUAAAGGAUCGUCACAGUGUACCAUAUGUUUCGAGUUGGUUAAACAUGCACCAUCAUACAACAUUUUGGCAAGUCCAUGCUGUAAAAAUGCUUGGUUUCAUAGAGACUGUUUGCAGUGUCAAGCUCUAAGUGCAGGGGUGUUUUUCUUUAGAUGCCCAGUAUGUAACAACAAAGAGAAAUUUCAGAAUGAAAUGUUGAGAAUGGGCAUACAUAUUCCAGAAAGAGAUGCCUCCUGGGAACUGGAAGAGAAUGCAUACCAGGACCUUCUUCAGUGUUACCAACACUGUGACAUCAAAAUAUGCCUCUGCAAAAAUGGAAGAAACUACAAUGAGUCUGAUAGCAAAUGGGAAAUAAAGCGCUGUCAAUAUUGUGGUUCAAGUGGGACUCAUUUGGCAUGUUCCUCACUUACAAAUUGGGAGCAAAAUUGGGAAUGCAUAGAAUGUAGAACUAUCCUGGCAAAAUCAACUGGGAACUGUCAGAAAUGGCGAAAACGUUCUUGGAGUAUGCCAGAAAAAAAAGAUAUUGGAGACAGCUUGCUGGAAGAGCCAUCACCCAAAUGUCCCAGACAGUCUCCUGGAUCCCAUCUUGGCUUUCUUGUCAGGUCCCCAAAGAUAUGCCCCAAUGGCUUUACUCAGUGUUCACAACUGGAUCUCCCCUCUCCUAAUAAUAGACUGAUAUCUCCUUCCCCCUUGAUCAGUCCUUCAGUGAGGAAUCUGUCGAUAAGAAAAAAGCAACUCGUAGUACAGCAGAGAGAAGUCUCCAAUAUUCUGAGGGAAUUAAGAUCACAAAUUCAUACUAAACCAACAAGACUGAAUAUCAGUAGACAAAACAUCUGGGUUAGCGCCUUAAAGGGAUUUCAAAAACGGAGCUUCAAUCCUGCCAAUACUAUUGAAGUAAAGUACAUAAAAUGCAGGACGAAAAUAGAGAUGGAUGUCUGCCAUUCAUCAAAGGAAGAUUUUUUUCUGUUACUGAUGAUUCACCUUCAGAACUCAUCACUCUUUGAAGGCGGUUCCUCAAAGAACUUGUCUUUUGAUUCCCAAGCUCUUAAAGAUAAUUUAUACUAUGAAGCUGGAAAAAUGAUUGCAGUUUCUCUGGUUCAUGGAGGCCCGUCUCCUAGCUUCUUCUCCAAAAGCUUGUUUAAUUGCCUUGUUUAUGGUACAGAAAAUGUGAAACCAACUAUAGAAGAUGUUGCUGAUAGGAAUGUUUUGCAGAAAAUAGAGAAGAUAAAAUCUGCAAGAACUUUGAGCAGCUUAGAAUCAGCAAUAAGUGAUUGCUCUGAAUAUCUCGCCACUGUUGGAUGUUUGAAACUUGUAACAGCUCUAUGUGAUAAGGAUAUGUUGGUGAAUGAGAUACUGAAUUAUCAUGUCAUCAAGAGAACUAUUUUGCCUUUUGAAAGCUUUAGACAAGGUUUGGAAACACUUGGUGUUUUGGAAAAAAUGCAGAUGAAUCCUGAUGCGUUCUGUAGCAUAUUAUGUCACAAGCCUGAGAAACUUUCAGCAAAACUUCUUUGUGAUCUCUUUACAAUCCACUGUUUACCAGGAGCAGACAAAGCCAGAAGUCUAGAUUUCUGGAUGGGUUACUUACAGGAGACGGAAGGUGGCGAGUCAGCAGUAACUCUAGAGGACAUCUUAGUGUUUGCAACUGGCAUUCGUGAUAUUCCACCCAUUGGCUUUGAUCCUGAGCCUGCAGUUAAGUUUCUGCAUAUAAAAUACCCCAUUGGAAAGAGACACCUUAAUUGUUUAGAGCUUCCAAUAACAAAGUCUUAUGAGAAGUUUAAAAGAAUUCUGGAUUUCGCCAUCAGAAGUACUCUAAGAUUAGAAUCAGAAGUACGUUAGUUGCUACAAUGGAUGCUGAAAAGUGAAUGAUGAAGCAUGUAAGAAGCUUGCUAGCUGCUCGGCGGAUAACACACACAUUCAUCCUCACAGACUUACAACUUGAUCAUGGAAACGGCUUAAUCUCAGUCUUUGCACUUUGAACAUGGUUUCAAAAUGCUGAACAAAGCUUUUAAAACAAUUUUGUAUUAUUUGUAUUUUUUAAUACUUUGCCCUAAUCUCAUCCUUUAGCCCAGCCCCACUUUAUAAUAUAAUCCAACCAGUGGCCAGUUGUCUGGUAGUGUACUGUACCCUCCAUUUAUAUUAUAAACAAUUAUAAAUCAAAAUUUCUGGUGAAUAGAUUCACUAAUCCCCUUUCCAGUUUGUAAUAUAUCCAGGAAGUAAUAUUUUCGUGUAAGUUUUGAUUGGUGGGGAGCGCAGAGAAUGAGGGAUGAUCUUUUACAUAUUAAAUGACUAAUUUAGCAUUAUUCUAGCUAUUACUUAUGAACAAGGAUAAGGAAGCUAAACAUAUUACCUCAUUUUAAUUUUUGUCAAAUAUAUAUUUUUAAAGAAUAGCAGAGCUUUAUGAUGCAGUACCCCAGCUGCUUUAAAAUUACAUUUCCGUUCUACAGUCAUUCCAAACGUUUUCUUUGGUGCUUUAACACUGUGAAAGAGUUAAAAAAAUGUGCUGUUGUGUAAAGGUUUUGCAGUUUAGAGAAGAUAUAAGCCAACUCAGAUGCACUAGUUAAAUCAGUUUCAUAGCUUCAAGUCCAAAUGUUUGAAAAUGGUACACAAGUUUUAAGAGUUACACUCGUUUAUCUGUAAUGAAGAGAACAUACUAGUUCAACUUAAUUACUACUGUUUGAAGAAGGCAGAGAUUUGUUAGCAUAUGGUUUGCACCAAUUUUGAAUAUUGGUAUUUUUGAAGUUUAGACACUCCACUAUUUACCUGAUGGCUUAUUUGAAAUCUUGUGCACUUGAUUUCAUUUUCAAAGUCCUCUAUUGCCCCAGAUGCACUGUAAAUAUGCCAUAUAGAGUAUUUAAUCCUAUAAACUAGAAGUGAUCUAAUAAUUUGCCUGUUUACCAUAUCUUGGGUAUAUGACAUAAUAGAAAAUGUAUGUCAAUGGCUUGAUCCAAAGUAGCAUGAGGCUGUUUCUGCUCAAGCUGGAGGGGGGAGGGGACUCUUCUGCUUCACCUCCCUUCUGGCAGCAGGUUCCUGCUUCCCCUAAUUCCCUCCCAAAAGGCUGGGGAACUCUCUAGUGCUGCUUUUUGAGUGACAUAAAGGUCAGCAACCACAGAGUAAGAUUGCACUCCAAAUUUAUAACAGUGAGUUGCAACCAAUGUAGUGCUAAAUAAAGAUACCAUCGAUACAAGAAUUGCCACUUGUGCAAUGUAACUUGCCCUCCUCCUCCCCUCACAUGCUCCCUAAAUCUGUUUUACAGGUUUUCCCAACCCUCCAGAGCACAUUUUGGGUGUGCAGAGGGGAGGGGGGGAUGUUCUAUUGUGCAAGCACAAAUGCUUGCAAUGACUGGAUGCAUUAGUUGGAAUACUGCCCAAUAAUUUUAAUUUCUUCUCUUUCCCCUCCCCCACAUGUGCACAAACAAGUUGCUGGGGCUUGUCAUCUUCUGUGCUAAGUCCAUGAUCUGUGUAUGUCUCCAAGCCCAAAAUGUCUGGGGUGGCAAUCCCUUGCACCAACUUUAAUCUCAAGAGGAAGACUGGAUAUCCAUAUUGCACUUAGAGAUGUAAAAUUCUUGACAAUUUUGAAGGCAUGAGAGAAUAGCCCAGGGUGUUUCCUUGGGGGAAAUUAAUAGUUAAUUAUCAAACUUAAACUUAUUUUAUUGCUUCAAACCUUGUAAAAAUGCAUUAUUACUUAGCUAACAUACAAAACUGGCCUCUUUGGCAUUUUAAUGAUAUUUACAGAGUAAUCCUAUGUAUGUUCACUCAGAAGUAAGACUCGCUCUGUGUAGUGGAGCUUACCCCUAGGUAAACAUAAAUUAUAUAUCAGUCAUUUGAGGGCAGAGCUGAAAAGAUUGACCACAGGGAAAGGGCUAAAUCAGAAGACAGAAAAUGGCAGAAUACUGGCUUCUGAUAUCUUGCAAAGAGCAAUUCACAAGCAAUGACGGCCUUUUUCUUUUCUUCUGGGGUUUUGCAGACUUUCACAUUUCUUAGUUGCAUUGUGCUUUAAAAAAAUCUCCACGCGCCUCAAGUACAGCAUGAUACAAACGUGCCUCAGCCCUCUUCUUUGAACUGGAGAACAGGGUUGGGAAUUGUCUGCACAGUGAUGCUGUGUUUGUCAGGUGCUUACAGGACUUCCUGUAAGCUCAGCAUGACAUUGGAAACAAGCUCUGGGCCACUGAUUUGGAGAAAAUAUUUUGGGCUACUCUGGAUUGUAUCCAACAUGGCCAUUCUGCUUGCGCAAUGGAACUUCUCUCUCCUGCAACCCCCUGUGUACCCUCAAAAUUUGCUCCAGAGGAUUGAGAGAUCCUUUGGGGCAGUGUGGGGAGUAGAAUGGGAAGUUCCAUUGUGUAAGUGGAACUGCAUUUACACAGCAUUGAACAAACCCUAUGUUUUUAUAAACAUGUUAAUUUAUAAUUGGUCUUCUAUAAACAAGCCUUGUUUGUUGUAUUUUAUAUUGCAGUACAUGUGUGGGUUUAACCUACUCUUGAUUGACUCAUCCUGGUAGUCUGAUUAUGUGAGUGUCUCAUAACAAUAUAUUUUAUAUACCAUUCACUAAUUAAUUACUUUCCAUCAGUUAACCCAAUAUAUAUAACAUUCCCAUGACAUGACUAUCUUUAAAGAACUUAAAUCAUUAGGAAUCUUGGGAUUUUUUGAGAAAUUCACAAGUAUGUUUUAAAUAAGUCUUUAAAAUAUUUAUUACAUCAGUGUCUACUUUGAGUUUUUAUCUUUUAUUUCUUAAUCUGGAAUUAAUCACUGAAUAUUGCAACAAGAUCUAACUCUUUGUUCAGUGCAAUCAAUAUUUCAAUUGCAAACCAAUUAAGAUUUUUGUAUGAAAAAAUUGUCGCAAGAAUCGUACUUGAUUUUUUAUGUCUUGCCAUUUAUAUAAAAAAAUCUAAUCUGAAACAGAUUAGUAAACACAAUUGCAUAUAAAAAUAGAACUUGAAAAUCAAUUGAAUCCAAAAAUAUUUCCAAAAAUAGAUAUUUGGAAAUAUGUAUGUUAGGAAUUUGUUUCUACUAUCAGUCAACUUGGUGAGAAAUAAGUGUGCCUUGUACAGUAAGCUAUCAACACUUAAAAGCUUGAGUAGUUUCACACUACCAUGUAAAAUCUGUGGAUGGAAUCUAAAGUUUCUUUAGCUAUGGCAAAGGGUUUAGGCAUGCCCAGUGGGAUUUUUCACUUUUUCCCCAUGUAUCAUAAUCUGCUUUUGAAAGUCCCCUUUGGUUCAAAAUUUGUCUUCCAUGAGUUAUGGUGAGCUGCACAAGUCCUUGAACAUGUAGAACUAGUUAUGCAAUUAUUGGGAACUGCCCAUAGUUUUUCUGCAUAAGGAGCAUACCUCAACUCAUUUCUCACUGUCCCCAGUAGAAAAAGUGCUAUAAAUAAUUAUCAAUGUCUGUUAAAUUAUGACUAGCUCGAUGCUAUCCAUCUGCUCUAGUUGGACAGCACAAUAAGCAGGGUUUUUCACCAUAGCAUUUGACAAGGGGAGCAGGGUUCGCUGUUAAACACCCCACCUCAUAUUUCCUGUUCUAAAAUACAUCCCAUAUAUCUGUUACAAUGGAAUUUGGGCAUGUUAUUCCUCUCACCCAUGCACAAUUUAACUGAUCUAAUAAAAGGUUUCCAUUGCAGAAAUGUGAUGGUACUUUGUGUCAUUAGUGAGACUGUUUUGUUCUCCUGGGAGCUAUUUGCACCUUGCCAUGUGGUUUUACAAUGUCUUGUUAGCCUAGCAGUUUGUUGGAUUAGAAAAUUUAGAAUAAAGUAUUCCAUUAAACUAUUCUGUCUUAAAAUUUCUGGGCGCAGGAUGUGACCCUCUUAAGUUCUGUUCGUUGUGAUUAUUUGAAUUUGUCCUUUUUUAGAUGUGUAAUAUUUCUUCUACUGAUUAUAAGCAAAAGAAAUAGGAGAAACUGCGAAUUAAUGGAAUUUGCAAAUACAUGUCAGUUCAGGGCAACAGUAUUCCCUAUGGCAGCUCAGGUACUUAACUGCACUCAGUGAAGUUUUCAUCAAAGCAUGCAUAGAUUCACUGAUUUUUUGUCUGCUGUAAACAAUUAUUUGGAUUAAAAGAAGGCAAAAAGUACUUGGUUAUGAAAACUGAAAUCUUUUAUGGGUGGGGAAUUAAACCUUUUGCAUUAUGUAACAGUAGUAUAGAAUACAAAUCUUGCAUGUACAGUUACAAGUUUGUAAAUAUUAGUUUAUAGUUUUAACACAAUCGUUUAUUUCCUGAAGCUUGCUAUAGCUUCCAGUGUCUACUGUCUGCUGUUCCAUUACUUGUAGCAAUAUGUUAUGGGAGAACUGUCAUGUAUAUCUGUAUAAAGUGCAAUACAUCA